AUGUUUACAGGACCGGCAAUCAACACCAUUCGCAAGGCCAUUGCGCCCGCCGUUAGAACCAGGCUCGUCCCCGUGCCCGCCACUGCGACCCGCACUUUUGGAACGGCGGGGAUCCUCCGCUCCGACAAGAAGGCCGUGGAUAACUGGCCAAUCCCCGCCAAUGUUAAAACAUUCCACGGCAAGUCUCACUUCUACCCCCUCCCCUGCUCCGCAUCCAUUGAGUCGUGUUACAUCCACUAACGCGGGGGGUGACCCUUCCUUCCUUCGUAUUCUGUGCAGAAAUUAAAACGGAAGAAGAUCUCAUCCCCCCCGGCGCCGCCCCAGGAGAGGUCGCGACGGAUUACAACCAAGCCACGGGUCUUGAGCGUCUCGAGAUCCUCGGUAAGGUCGAGGGCAUCGACAUCUUCGACAUGAAGCCGUUGGACGCCUCCCGCCGUGGUACCCUCGAUAACCCGAUCGUUGUGAGGAGUUUUGGGAAGGAGAGGUAUCUGGGCUGCACUGGGUACCCCGCUGAUAGCCACGUCACUAUCUGGUUGACCAUCAGCAAGGAUAGGCCUGUCGAGAGGUGUCCCGAGUGCGGGGGUGUGUAUAGGAUGGAAUAUGUGGGGGCUGAGGAGGAGCAUCAUGGGCACGAUGAUCAUCGUGGGUUUACCUUUACCUCCCUGCCCCCCCCCCUCUUCUUCGGUUUCAUUGCGGGAUGGGAAGGAAUUGAAUAGGCUAAUGUGUUACAUAGAUCACGGCUACGUUGAACAGAAAACCAUGGCCGAUUUUGUUAGGCCUGAGUAUAGAUAGGCAGAUAACUGGAUGGCGAGACCUAUGGAGGGCCCCGGUUUCCUUUUUCAUCCUCAUUACUCUCUCUUCCUGUUUUGCCGUCGCUCUCUCCACCUUCGUCCUCGAAUUAGGGGUGACUACUGGGUGUAUUAUCAGGGCUUGUGGGCUGUACGUUGCGCAUGGAAUGAAUGUUGUGCAGGGUGGGGUGUUGUCGUUGUGAAUAGUCAAUUGAUUUCUUUCCUUUUUCUUCAUUUUUUUUUGCGGAUUUUCUUUUUUUGUUUUAAAAAGACAAAACAAAGAAUAGCUAACUAUAUAUAUCCCUUUU